CCCGCUGCUUCCUGCCGCACCUAUUACCCGAGGGCCGCAUCUGCACGACGGCGGCGUGGUCCUUGCUCCGGGGUUUGCGGGCUUCAGCAGCCAUGGCCGGCCACAUCAUGCUCAGCAACGGCUCCAAGAUGCCCUUGUUGGGGCUGGGCACGUGGAAGUCCCCUCCAGGCAAGGUGGCGGAAGCUGUGAAGGCAGCGAUUGACUGUGGGUACCGCCACAUUGACGGCGCUCAUGUGUACCAGAACGAGAGCGAGGUGGGGAUGGCCAUCCAGGAGAAGUUGAAGGAGCAGGUGGUGAAGCGUGAGGACCUCUUCAUUGUCAGCAAGCUGUGGUGCACGUACCAUGAGAAAAACAAGGUGAAGGGAGCCUGCCAGAAGACGCUCAGCGACCUGAACCUGGACUACCUGGACCUCUAUCUUAUUCACUGGCCAAUGGGCUUCAAGCCCGGGAACGAAUUUUUUCCAUUGGACGGAGAAGGCAACGUGAUUCCCUCUGAUACCGACUUUGUGGACACGUGGGCGGCCAUGGAAGAGCUGGUGGAUGAAGGGCUGGUGAAAGCUAUCGGAGUCUCCAACUUCAACCAUCUCCAAAUCGAGAGGAUCUUAAACAAACCUGGCUUAAAACAUAAGCCGGUGGUUAACCAGAUCGAGUGCCACCCAUACCUCACUCAGGAGAAGUUAAUCCAGUAUUGCCAGUCCAAAGGCAUUGUGGUGACUGCCUACAGUCCCCUCGGCUCUCCUGACAGGCCCUGGGCCAAGCCUGAGGACCCUUCCCUACUGGAGGAUCCCAGGGUCAAAGUGAUAGCUGAUAAGUACAAGAAAAGCACAGCCCAGGUUCUGAUCCGGUUCCUCACGCAGAGGAACUUGGUGGUGAUCCCCAAGUCUGUGACACCCAAACGCAUUGCUGAGAACAUUCAGAUUUUUGACUUUGAACUGAGCAGUGAAGAUAUGACCACCUUACUCAGCUACAACAGGAACUGGAGAGUCUGUGUCGUGAAGAGCUUUGUCACCCACAAGGAUUAUCCCUUCAGAGAAGAGUACUGAAGCCGUGGGUGCCUGCUCCGCCCCAGCGGACCUGCUGCCACUUUCCCCGCCUCAUUCUUCUGUAUGUAGCAUAGUGUGGCCUGUGUCCCUCGGUGGCGGGUCUGCGACCUGCACAUGAACCAGCAAGGCCUUGGCCAGCUUGGUGUCGAGUCUGAAGAGCAGUGUCAUACAUUAGAAUUCUCUUUCCGUUUUCUUUGCCUUUCUUGUCCAGCUGAGGAAAUAUAACCAUGAUAUCCUUUUCUGACUAACUUGAAUCUACAAAGUGAAAAGCAGUGCCACUAACAAUUGGAUUUUGACUGUUUGGAACUAUAAUCCUUUCAGCCAGACUUCUUGCCUCCAAUAAAAACUUUUGUGAGUUUGAUGCUA